GUUGUCAUUAUUUUGAUAGAUAGUUUGCAACAUUGAAAGUGCACGCGCCGUGCUUUUUCGGGAGUUUGCUGUUGCCGUAAUGGAGGUAUUGAGGGAAUGUUGAAAAUUUAAAUUAAAUUUAAGAUGGUCUCCCCGAAAGCAGUUAUUGGAAUAUGUGCGGGUGUGUCGGCAACACUUUUUAUAGGGUACUGUAUUUAUUUUGACAAGCAGAGACACAAUGACCCUGACUUCAAGAAAAAACUACGCCAAAGGCGACGGGCUAGAAAGGCAACCGCUGCAUCCGGGAAACCAGCAUCCACGGUGUUCCCGGACAUGAAGGACCACGAAGCAGUACAGAAAUUUUUCUUGCAAGAGAUUCAACUGGGAGAAGAAUUGUUGGCUGCAGGUGACCUUGAGGAUGGCGUAGAUCAUCUAGGAAACGCAGUAGCAGUGUGCGGACAGCCGAACGAUCUGCUGCAAGUGUUGCAGCAAACGCUCCAACCGAACGUGUUCCAUUUACUCAUCCAAAGACUGCCUGCUGUGGCACCUCGUCUAAUGAAAGCACAAUCUGCACCAAGCGCUUCCCUACAGGAGGAUGAUGUGGAGUAAAUAUGGAUACGCCUUUACUAGUCUCACCUCGUUAGACCGUUCUUGAAUUUAUUCACCUAUGUUAUGCAUCGUUAAAUAAAACGGAUAUAUCGAGCAAUACCCAACUAAUUUUGUUUUGUAUGUUUUUAAGAUAUUCUCGUAUUAAAAUUAAAACAUU